GAAGCUUGUGGAGAUGAGCAAAACAACCACAACAAACUUAGUAGCAUAUGAGGACAAGACACAUGUCACUCUUCUUGCUCUCAUUAGUGAGUGCAAUAAAAGAGAGAGAAAAAAAAAACUUAGAGCUUUUCUCUCUCUCUCUUCCUCCUUUUUCUCCCAAUAUUUUUUUCUUCUUUGCUGAACCUAACACAACAGAGGGAGAGACAAAGAUCUUGUAGCAAAACGAACCAAAAAGAAAGGAAAGAAAAGAAGAAGUAAGAAAAAGAUGACAGCCGUUUCAGAUAAGAAAGCAUUUCCAGAGGCUAAUGUAGACAAAGAGCUGAAUCCUAGCCACAAUAAAAGAGUUGAGGCUGAUUCCACUUCCUCCAGCAUUGCUGCCUCCCUUGCCAACAAGGAAAAAGAGGAGGCAGAAAAGAAGAAGGCGAGCGAGGAUAAGAAGGAUCGUGCGGAUAGCUUGAAAACGACGGUCAUAAUCUCAGUGAUCUUUGCUGCUGUUGCUGGUGCUGCAUUUGGCAUCGCCAAGAAAUUGAGAGAGAGACAAACCUGAGAAUGAGCCAAAUAUAAAGCCCAAAGAAAAAUCACGGCCCAUUGAUUAGGCUGGUUAACUAUAUCUUUAACUUGUUUCUUGCUUUUGUUUUUCCUAAAUUGAAGAGUUUUUUUUUAUUUUAUUUUGGAUUUAUUUCAACCCUUGCUUUCUGCAGAAGUUUGUCGUAGAGAAAACUGGAAAAUCUUGCUACAUUUUAGCUGCAACAUCACCCUAGUUUGGAGUGGCAUUAGUUGGAUCAUUAUAUUGAGACGCUUAACCAAUGUCGUAAUUAGGAUGUGAUAAAUGUGUUUAUCGUCCACACAGUCCACACAAUCACGUAAGAGGUUUCAUGUUAUAAUCAAGCGGUUUCUUUUUGGAAUCAACUUGAUCCACAAUAUUAACAAUUAAUUUAAGCAUAAAACAUAAGAAUCUAU